GCGCGCGCGUAUGGACAAGAGCCGCGCUGCAUCCACUUGUCCGCCUCCUCACAUCAGAAACGCUUCCCAAAUAUCCACGCGCACACGCAGCUGGCUGUCUGGCUGGACCUUCCUUGUCCAAGUUGCUUGGUUUUCCUCUCGCGUCGGUUGCGUACGCGCCUGCUUGGUCUGUGUAUGGAGCUCUAAGAUCGGAGGACAAUGUGAUUUUUGGAAGGAGGCUGGAUUUUGCGCCGUAACAGGCUAGAAGCGCGCGGAGACAUGGGCUUCUCUGUAUUUAUGGUCACAUGAGCAUCAGCCCUUCAGGCCACAUGCUGGUGAUGGAGGAGCUUUUCACUGACAGCAACAGCAUGCCAAAGCGGAUAUCGCUCAUCUGCUUCCUGUCUUUGGUCAUGGCGAUGAGCAUCCUGGGAAACCUACUGGUCAUGGUGGCCGUCUGCAAGGACAGGCAACUCAGGAAAAUCAAGACCAACUACUUCAUCGUAUCCCUGGCUUUCGCUGACCUGCUGGUGUCGCUCCUGGUGAUGCCGUUCGGUGCCAUCGACCUGGUGCACCAGCAGUGGAUCUACGGCGAGACCUUCUGCUUGGUGCGCACCUCGCUGGAUGUGCUGCUCACCACCGCCUCCAUUAUGCACUUGUGCUGCAUAGCCCUCGACAGGUACUAUGCCAUCUGCUGCCAGCCUCUGGUGUACCGCAACAAAAUGACACCCAUGCGUGUGGCCCUGAUGAUCGGUGGGUGCUGGGUGAUCCCCACCUUCAUCUCCUUCCUGCCCAUCAUGCAAGGAUGGAACACCAUCGGCAUUGACCAUGUGAUCGACGAACGUCGUCACACGGAGGGCAGCAACUCCACGACGUGCGUGUUCCUGGUGAACAAGCCGUACGCGGUGACAUGCUCAGUGGUGGCCUUCUACAUCCCGCUGGCGUUGAUGGUGCUGGCCUACCAGCGGAUCUACGUGACGGCACGGGCGCAUGCCCUCCAGAUCGGCGCGCUGCGGCGGGCGGGCGGCGCCUCGUCGGACUCAGCCGACCAACAGCGCAAUCACCACAUGCGUGUAGAGACCAAGGCGGCCAAGACGCUGUGCGUCAUCAUGGGCUGCUUCUGCCUGUGCUGGGCCCCCUUCUUCAUCACCAAUGUGGUGGACCCCUUCAUCGGCUACACAGUGCCCGACCAGUUGUGGGCGGCCUGCCUGUGGCUGGGCUACAUCAACUCCAUGCUUAACCCCAUCCUCUACGCCUUCCUCAACAAGUCCUUCCGCCGUGCCUUCCUCAGCAUCCUGUGUUGCGGGCGCAAGCUCUACCGACGACCUUCCGUGCUGGUGGGCCCGCACGUGCCCUGCAACGCUGCGCGCAUCAACGGGUCCACGCAUGUGCUCAAGUAUUUGGUGCUUCAAAAUGGGAACCAUGUGGCACAGGAGAAGGAAAAGCUGCACGACCACGCAGAGUCCUGCUUGUGACGCGUCGUCACACACCUCCACGAAGCCCAUAUGCGGGAAUGGUGCGCAACGCCGACUCGGCCUAGAUCCACGGCUGCUAAGAGAGUCUGGUGGACCGUGGCCAAACUAGUUCUGGCUCUGGUUCUGGCCCCAAUGUGACUACGGUCACGAACAAGCACCACCUGUGGGACUUUGAGGGUGUGAUGUUUCCGAAGCGAAUGUUAAUAUGGUAGUUAAUUUAACAGUAGAUUUAUAUCACCUCUUUGUGCGUGCGCGCGUGCGUGUGUGUUUGUGUGUGCGCGUGUGUGAGUUUGUGUGCACGUGUGUGCACUUUGUGUGUAUUUAUGCAUUUGUGUGAAUGUGUGUGUAUGCAUGGAUGUGAAGGUGCACGCAAACAAACAAAUGUGCAUUAACUGCAGACUUUCAUCUUUGAUUUGAGUUCAGGUGACGAGCGUAGGAAUUAUACUAUAAAGCGUGUAUGCCUCCCACUUUUGUAGGGACCAAAAGGGAGUUAACAAUCCUAAAUCAUGCUUUCAAUUUGGUUACAAAUUCUUUGCAGUCAAUUACUGCCUUAAGUCUGGAAUGAAUCUGCUGAGGCUCUGCCAGACCUUGAAUGGAAACG